CCUGCACUGCCGAUGCCUCGAGAGUAUUAUGUCCUGCCACAAUUUGCACCUGAACUGGAAAACCGCGUCAAAGCUGUCGUGAAGGUUAUGAGGACGUUCGCUAAGGACGUAGUUCAGACAUAUGAGUCUUAUGACGAGAUGAUUCAAGACGCAGCCAGACAGGUCGUGAGAUUAGAACAAAGAAUCGCAAUGGCGUCAUGGCCGGAUAACGAGAUGAGUCUCUUAGCCCCACACAUACAUUUUAAGGAACUAUGCCCAGUUAUAUAA